CUAAGGACAUAUUUUUGUGACUGCAUGUAUUUAUGAUUUAUGUCAUGUGAUUUACGUAUAUUGUAUAUCAAAAGCAUCAUGUUUAAAUUUGAUACUGAUAUAAUACAAAUCAAGGUGAGGCUAAGUCCAGGAUGACACUAGUUUUUCAUUUUUUUUUACUUUUCUCCCUUAUAUCAUUUUAUAGAUACAUAGCGCCAAUAAUUGCUCCAGUGCCAUUAUAUGAAAAUGCAGCUUCUGGCUACAUUAGUUGUGUUAUUGCUAUUAGCAAUAUCCAUUGUCCCUAAUAAUGGUACUAAAGAAAAAGUGAAAAAUAAGAAAAAAGAAGUUCCUGUGCAGAAAAAAGAACCCCCAAAGAAAGUUGACAGGAAAGACUAUCCUGGUCUCCCAAAGGAAGUUCUUAUAAUUGGGGCUGGAAUGGCAGGUCUGGCAGCAGCAAGAAGAAUUUCAUCUGAUAGGUCAAACUUCACAGUGAAAGUUUAUGAAGCAAGGCAAGAACGCUUUGGAGGACGUGUGUGGACUGACAAAUUAAAAGAUAUGAGUGCCAAAGGUAUUAUGAUCUCUUCUUACAUUUUGUCAUUAUCAUGAAGCUGAGAGAGGUUAUUUAAACAAAUAAAUACACAUGGAGGGAUCAGGUAAGUUGCCAAAUAAAUUAGAUAAUUUGUAUAUAAAGGGUAGACAUUGAUACAUUUUUAAACAAAAAGAUUUAUUGAAAACGUUUUUGCAAAAAGUUUAUUCAUUCAUUACUAAUUUUGUACUGAUUAGCUACCAGAUUUAAUUUCACUAAAUAUUAAUUUGUGUUUCAGUUAUGAAAACAUGGAUUUUUAAAUUUUUGUAAAGCUUAAAACUAUACUAGUUACUUGUACCACUAGUUUUUGUCUCUAAUAUGCUUAAGCUUUAAAGCAGCCCAAUCCUUUUAUAAUUAUUUUAUUUUUCUAACCUCUUUUGAUAAGUUUUUGUUCUUAUACAUGUAUAUAGAAAUCUGAUAAAUGGCAUUGUUGAGCAAAGGGCAUUUAUGAUAUUUCUCCAUUAACUUUUGUCUUGAGCCACAGUAUCUAGCUCUCCAGACCUUUUUGUUUUUGCAAAAUAUUAUGUUGUUGACAACUUUUUUAUAAUGCCAUGUGCAAUCCAUGAUCAUAUACUUAUUUUAUUCUCUGGCUUCUUUCAUUCCAGACAUUUUAUCUUUUUUAAAGUGCUAUGUGUAUUUUAAAAUAAAUUUUGUUUACAUUUUCAGGCGCUGAAGUUGAUCUGGGUGGUUCAGCUUUCAAUGUAGUCUCUAAGAACAAUCCUUUAGUCAAACUAGCUGAAGAUUUUGAAUUAAAGUCCACAAAAUUAGACAAUCUUCAAUUUAUUGUGCCAUGGGAACAAAAACAUUUCAGUGGAGAAGAGCUCACUCAAAUCACACGCCAGGCUGGUCAAGUCAGUGGUGCUUUUUUUAAAAAUAAUUUUAUCAAAUACUUAUGAGAGAUAGCUUAGAUAAGCCUUUUUUAUGUUAACUUAACUUUCAUGUUGCAUUACACUGAAGUAAAAAGCCAUGUACAUAUAAAGAAAAGCUAUGUAUAAAGCAAUGGGAAGCAAAAAUAUCAUUAUUAAUUAUGUGUAUUAUCAUUUACAAUCAGUUACAUAAAAUCUCAGCUGCCUGUUCUAAGCGAGUUGAGUUACUACACUAAACAAUCUGAAAAAUUGUUUCAUUUUUAAACUCCCCAGAUUUUAGGUCAAGCUUUGAAUGAAUCAAAAUCUGUUGAAACUGAAAUUUCCGUGAAGGAAGCCAUUGAUAAAGUUCUAGCUAGUGGUGCCAUUGCAAGCAGUGAUAGGUUGGUUGCAUGUUAGUAAUUGUUACUGUAGUUUCAAAAUUGCUGCAUCGAACCUGAAGAUACUAGAAGAGUGCCAAAAUGACUAAGAAAACUAUGAAGAUCCAUCAGUUACAUCUUUAUUUUUGAUGUAGUAAAAGAAAUAUGACUGGAUUUAUAAAACUUUGAAGCUGAUUUAUAUCUUAAAAAGAUAAUUAUGUAUUUGGUAAGAGUAAAUUUCCAAUCUGAUUUUACACAUACUUUAAUUAUAGUUAUGACUUUGCUUUUGAAAUUAUUACACAUUUGUCUGAAAUCACUGCAGUCCUGGAGCCUUACUCAUCAAAAGCCUACCAUCAUAUAUCCUGAGGGACUAUUCCACUCGCAACUACACUCCAGAACUUCUUGAUGUUGGGUAUGAGAAGGUUUUGUUGGAUGGCAUGGGGGAACUUGUGGACAGGUGAUAAUGAUUUUAAAUCUCAUUUUAAUUCUUCUAUCCUGAUUCAAAUUGAUAAAGUUAUUUAUAAAUAAGAUUAAGUUUUAAAUAAUAAAUAUUUUGCAGCAAAAAAUGAAAAAUUAUUUUCAAUAUAUCAAAUUUUAAUAAGGAUUACAUGUAUAGUGGGAAGUGUUUUUUUUUUUUUAAUGAAUAAGAUUAUAAUUAUUUAUCUAAGCAAAUUAAAAAAAAAAAAAAACACUGACUGCUGCAUUUAAAUUGAGAAAGUGAGGGACCCAAAGAGACUAGGGAACCUUACCUGAAGAUUAGGGCAGCUACUCAGAGAGCUGAAAGGGGCAGUCCCCCAGACGGUUGUGCACAGGGCUAACAACCUGGCCAUGUAAAAAAAAUAUCUUUUUUACUAAAGGUAAACAACAAAAUAAAACCCGGACUGAUUCUAAUGGAAAUCCACACAUGCCUGGAUACAGUGGAUGUGGACUUUUAGAUUGCAACUUUUAAUGUUCUAAGCCUGUUUAGAGCAGGAGCCUUAGCCAACCUAAUGGAUAAACUAGUUAAAUAUAAAAUAUCUAUUGCUGCAUAGCAAGAAAUUCAAUGGGAAAAUGCAGACAUCCUCAGAUCAAAAGACUACAUCAUAUUUUAUAGUGGCAACAACAUCAACACUCUUGAAACAGGAUUUGCUGUAAAGAAAGAAGCCUUUGGUUGAAUCUUAUGUUUUAAACCAGAGAAAUAAAGGUUGUGCUCUUUGAGUGAGGGAAAAUGAUUCAUUUAACAUUUAUAAAUAUUCAUGCUCCCACUGAAGAUAAAAGAAUAAUUUUAUGAGACACUGGAAAAAUCUCUGAUGAGGCAGCAUGACAUGAUAUUAAAAUAAAGAUUGAUGGGUUCAAUGCCAAAUUAGGGAAAGAAAAAUUAUUUAUGCUAACUAUUGACAUGGAGAGUCUGCAUGAAGUCUGUUUAAGAUCAAAUCCCAUACUUUGCCUUUUUGCUUUAGACUUAAUCCAUCACUGCCAUGGAUAAAAGUAUACCGGUACUUUGAAAAUUUUAGAUAUUAUUGCUUCUUUCUUUCUAAUUCAUAUGGACACUUUUUUAAAAGAUCAAAAUUUGUUUUCCUAAAGACUUCUUAGUGGUUCUCCUGAAGAGCCUCCACUUCAUCUCCAUCUGAACAAAGCCGUGAGACAAAUAAAAGUUGAUAAAAGCCAGGGCAAGGUGUUGGUGCGAUUCAGGGAUGGCUCACAAGUUUCUGCUGAUUUUGUUGUUGUUGCUGUGCCUUCCACGAUAAUUUCAACAGGUGGAUUGUUAUUUGAGCCAGCCUUGCCUAAAAAGUACCAGCUAGCUGCUAAAGAAAUGGGUGAGUUAUUACUAUAAAAUGGUAAAAAGCUGUAACUUUGUACCACUUUUUUAUACUAACCCAGGAUCAUUCUGUAGUGUGGGAGCUUUUCAGAGCUUUUUGAGUGCCUUUUGAAAUAGCAUUAAAUGACAUAGAAAUAUUAAUACAAGACCCCAAUAAGUAUAUAUUUUUAGAAAGGUAAAUGGAUUGGGAUAAAGUUGGCUAUAUUGCCCACCCAUAAAAAAAAAAAUGUGAUCAGUGUCCUUGACCUUGGAGUGCUCAAGAAAAAAAAAAAUUGACAAAAUGUCUUGCUUUUAAGUGCUCAUAACAUCAUUAAAUUUUAUAGAGUCCAUUAAAAUACUAAUAUAAAUGUGGUAGCCAAUUCAUUUAUCUUUCAGAAAAUUUAUAGUUUGCUAAGGUUUUGAUUACAAUUAAGCCUCUGAAAGCAAUUUUAGGUCAUUUAUUACUGAACAAAAACAAAAAAACUGGGACCACAGCUAAAACCAUGUAAAACAUACAAAAUCUUGGGCAAAAAAUUUAUUAUUGACAAGUAAACAUUUAAAAGGGAACUAACUGAUUUGGGUUGUCUAACUGGGUCUAAAUCCACAAACAAAACACUCAAUGUAUUAUUUGUGUAUUAAAAGUUAUGGAUUCAAAAUAUCCAAGGACAAUCCCACAAUUUGUUAAAUUUGGAAUUUGUAAGAAAUAAAAAUGUGGAUUCAGGUAUAAACCCGGAGGAGCAACCCACUUUGUUAAAUUGGGAACUUUUAAGAAAUAAUAAUAUGGAUUCAGUUAUCCCGAACGAGCCCCCAAUCGUUAAGCACUGCCUUCUAUUGUGAGAAAUUAAUCUCAUAUUUUAAAUUUAUGGCUCUUUCAAACAGUGCCUAACAAAGGACGAUACCAUAGAGAAAUUCAUUAACAAAAAUACAACACCCAAAAGGUUAAGGACAUUAGUCUUUUUUAAUGGUUCUGGCCUUUUUUUUCUCCAUAAUUUGCUUUUUUCCAACCAGGGUCUUUCGAAAGAUUUGUCUCAUCAUAAUAUUUUUAGGGGGAAUAUCUUUCAGGGUCUCUAUUGAAAAUUUUAUGUAGACAAGGAUGAUUAGAUAUGGAAAAACAGCUUUAUUUUUUUUAAAUGAUUAAGUCUCUAUAUCUAUGGAGAAAGGACUUCAACCAAUCAAAACUUGAACUGUUAUUUUUAAAGACGUCAACAUUUCUCCCUUGUUUGCCAAGACCACUUCCAUAAUAUCUGACCCAUCAAAUGGAAAUCCCCAAUCCGAUGAGGCUAUCAGUAUCAGAUAUUCCACAAUAACCUAUUUUCAAUGUGGGUUAGGGCAGUUUGUCUGUCAUGUAACUGGUUUGGCCUACUCUUCAGUUUAUUAUGAAGUGUUUUUCUUGCUAUACCGAAAUCUGUGCACUUUUCUAUGACACUAUCCAUUCUUGAUCAUCUCCAUGGCCUUCUUGUCUUCAUGACAUGUGCCAUAUUUUCUUGUCCCUGGAUUUUGUUUAUAAGUGUGGCAUUUUUUUUUCUGAAGAUAGAGAGUUAGAGUCAAAUGAAAUUUUCAUAUUAAAUAUCUUCAUUCAAUUAAAAAUCUUAACUGGAUAUUAUAAAUCAUUCAACCACAAAUGUUGGAUUAGGAUCAUGUCUUCUGUCUUAAAGCUUGUACCUAAAAUAACCAUUUGCUUACUAUAAUUGUCUCCCUACAACAACAAGGCUUUUGUUAAAACUCAUUAAAAAUAUUAGCAUUUUUGACAAUUUUAAAAAUAUUAUUUUAUUAGUGUACAAGUACUACAUCUUUAGUUUUUCAACUUUUGCAGGUAUGUCUGCUGGUGAUAAAAUUAUCAUUCAGUUUGAGCGUCCUUUUUGGUCUCCAGACUAUGGGGUGUUUGUCCGAGCUGUCAACAGAGAUUCAGAUAGGGGCAACCUCCAAACCUGGGUAAACAUCAAUAGAAUUGUGGGUGUGCCAGCUCUCGGGGGCUUCCUCACUGGUGACCCAGCUGUGAAAUUUGAAAAGAUGACAAAUGAAGAUGCAGAAGAACUAGGUAAGCAGACAUAUUUUAUCAUCAAUGUGAGAAAUUUUUUUAGCAUGUACUUGUUAUUUUGAGUAGCUACCUAACACCUACAUUUAUAUUUCAUAACCUUUCUUACAAAUUUGUAUCUAAUUAUUUCUAUUAUUAUGUAUUUUAUAUACUUGACUUCAUGAAGAUAAGCUUACAAUUUUUAAAUAGGCACUAAAUUAGCCUGGUAAAACUUUGUUGAAUUACUAAAGGAUAGAUAAUUGCACUUAGUGGAGCACUAGUAUUACCGUAUAUUCUCGCAUAUAAGCCGAAUUUAGAACUAUAAAAUACAAUACUGAAAUCAGGGGUUGGCUUAUAUGCGCAUAAAACAAAAUGGACACAAGGACAGACACAAUUUUCCAGCCACACAUUUUCAUCUCUAUCUGACUCUUUGAUUGUGGGUACAGAGUACUAAUAUAUAUAUACAGAGGUGUCACUUCAAAUUCAAAGAAUUUAAUGUAUGCAUAGCUAAUAAUUAUACUGAGUAUGAAUAUUACCAUGGAGAAUUCAUUUUCGAAGUAAAAAAUGGCAUAAAAUUAAGACAAAAUACAAAAAAAAACAGAAAAUGUUUCGUAUAUCAAUGGUUUCCUAACUAAUACUCUAUACGCAAAUGCAUAGAAUAAAAUGACAGUGAGUGACACGACCGCGUGGUUUUAAUUAAAAAAAACAACAAAAUAUUUUAUUUGCUUUACAGUGAUUACAGUUUUAAAUGAGAUGUUUGGUGAGGAAGUUGUCAAACAAGGUGGCAAAAUCGUAAAGUUUCAGAGAUCUCAAUGGGUAACUGAUGAAUGGUCCAAAGGUGCUAGCACAUACCCUAAAGUUGGUAUGUUCACAUUUUGCUUUUUGAAUAUAUUCUGUAACCUUUCUUAUUUAAAAUUAAAACUUUAAUAAAUGAGGGAUGAUUUGUAUAUCAUCACAUAUCAGUUACAGAUCUUAACAAUGGAACAGUAAAAUUUGUUACCUCUAUCUAGUUAAUGAUCAGUUUAAUACUCAAAAGUGUUUGCUUGAGAAAUGGUGUCACUUUUAGUAAUAAUGAUAAUAUGCUGGACAACAUCAAGAAAUAAGAGAAUUUCAUCUCUUAAAGUUAUUUAAAAUUAAAAUAAAAUAACUUUUCCAAAGGCAAAUAGUUGGGGGAAAAAACAAAAACAAAUUUCUUUAAAAAAAAAUUUAUUGAAUCACAAAUUUGGUUGAUUCCUAUUUAGAUAAAUGUGAUAUAUCACUUUUUAAGAAAUUGUUAAAAAACUUAAAAAAAGAUCGUCUUUAUUUGCAUGUCUGGUGACAUUUUUAGUUUUUAGAUUUCCAUUUUUUUCCACUGCAUUUUUUAAGGCAAUUUAUAAUGAAAAAUGUUUCUUUUUCAGGAAAUGACCCAAGUCUCUGGGAUACAUUUUCACAACCCCUAUGCCCUUAUAUCUACUUUGCUGGUGAGCAUACACAGUUUGACAGCCAUGGGUCCCUGCAUGGUGCCUACAACUCUGGUAUCCGGGCUGGAGAUCAAAUCCUGACUGGUCUUUGUGAAUUGUUAAGAAAGGAGGAAAUACAACGCAAAAAGGAAGAGAGACGUAAGAAGGAAGAGGCCAAGAAAAAAAAAGAGGGAGACAAGGCAGACAAAAAGGAAGGAAAAAAAUCAAAAGAGGAUGAAAUUAAAGACGAUGAAGUUGACGAUGAUGACUAUACAGAUGAUGAUGAUGAUGCGUAUGAAAAUGAAAUUAGGUUGGAUAAAGAAAAGAGAGAUGAAGACAAAACAGAUAAUGAUAAAAAGAAGAAGAAAAAGAAAGAUGAGUUAUAGAGAUAUGGGGGUAAUUGAUCCAACAUGGCUGUUAUUAUUGGCUUUUUUAAAAGCUUUUUGUUGCACAGUGGCUCCACAAAUUGUAACUGGUUGUAACUGUUAUUGGAUUUCACAUGCUCAUUUCAUGGACACAAACAUUUGAUUGUUUAUAUACAAAUUACAUUCCAAUAAAUUUAUGUACCAGUACCAGUACAUAGAUAAAUAUAAUUUCUUAUGCAUGUAUAGUUCAUCAAUUUUUGAUAACAUGUUUUAGAUUUUGGAGCUGUUCUUUGACAUUAAAGGUGUGGUGGAUGGGACUCACCUUGGACAGCAACUCAUCUAAGAGAAGGCAAACUCUGAAUAUAAACCAGGAGCCUGAAUGAUCAAUGAAUUGAUUGUGGGCUCUCAAAAUAUAGAAGAAGAAGGUGCAAAUUGACAUUACUUCAUUUGACUUAAUCAGUAUUGCUAUAAUUUUUAAUGUUAAAAAUAUGUACAGAUUUAUAUACACAAUCAAUGUAUGUAUGUAUGUGUUUAGCAUUUACACCAAAGUCUAGUUUGGAGCAAUUAUUGCCUUUUUGGGAAAUGGUACUAGCAGUUUUAUUUUUUCAAUAUUAAUUAAUCAGGACAAAUCAGCUUAGAUGAAUUACCAAAUUUCCCAUCUAAUUGUAAAUAAAUUAUUUAUUAAUGUCAAGUAAAUUUUCCUUAUAAUUGAGACGUGUUGUGACUAGUUUAAUUUUAAAUGUGACAUAGUUUCACUCGAUAUUGUAUAAGAACUGUGUUUCAAAGAUUUGUGUAAUGAAAGGCUUUCAGGAUACGUGGAUGAAAAUAUUGUCAUACUUCAAUAUCUUUGUGUUGGGAUUAGUGUAUAUAUGUUUUAAAUGCUCUUGUAUAAAUAUUAUUCUACUAUUACAAAUUUUAUAACAAACUUUUUGUGUUUAUUUAUUG